AAAGAAUAGCGUAACGCUAAAAACAAAGGAAGAUUGUAACCAAAACUAGAUUGCAAAAUACUUUUACUGAAUUAUUUCCAACACGCAUAGGUCAUAUUUUUACUUGUGUGUCGAUUAUUCCAGAAAAAAAUAUAUUGUGGAUUUUAAGAAGUUUCAAGGAAUCUGGCAGACAAAAUAAGCUCGCACUCGCAAGGAAACUAUAAACGUUAUAAGAAGAAUCAUCUUGAGCACCAUUUUAACUGAAGCAUCAUGGGACUGCUGACAUUUGCUGGAAGAAUAGUCCUUGUCGUAAUUAACAUCGUUUUCAUCAUCGUAUCGCUGACCUUAAUAGUAGCUGGGUUUGUGAUCCGCUUUGCUCAUGAGUGGCUUAAACCUAGUCUCGACACUGUACUAAACAAGAUAGAGUCUACCGUCAAAACUGCAUAUGGUGAUGCUAGUUUCAGUACAGACAAAUUUGAAUUUGGGUCGCUUGUCAGUACACUAUGCUACAUCAUGAUAGCGGCCGGAGUGGUCCUGCUUGCGAUAUCCUUCCUUGGUUGCUGUGGAGCUUGCUGCUCCUUCACUACUAUCAUGCUCGUGUACUCUAUUAUCCUGAUAGUGAUACUGCUGGCUCAGGUCGCCGUAAUCAUUCUAGUAUUUGCCAAACCAGUAGUGAUAAAAGAUCAAAUGAAGUCGACACUUAAAGACACAAUGAAAGAUUAUGACGGGAUAAAGGGGACCUCCGUGUCUGCGCUGGGCUGGAACUGGGUGCAGCAAGAGUUCGACUGUUGUGGAGCAAGCAAUUACAUGGAUUUCGAACAGAAAGGCAGCCCUUACAAGAAUACCGCCGUCAAUGAUAACGCGGCAAUGGGUGGAACUGACGGCAAUGUUGGGGCUCCAGUAGCUUGCUGCAAGACGUUGCCUUCUAGUGAUGGAGAGAGAACAACAUGUGCAGGGAAUGGGGCUGCUCCUUCUGAAACAAACAGCAAUCUCAAUAAAGGUUGUGUUGAUAAGGUGUGGACGCGGGUCGUUGAAGAUAACACCCUGUACUUUGCUAUUGUAGUCGGUGUGUGUUUUGCGAUACAGAUUGUGCUUAUAAUAUUUGCCUGUCUAGUCUUCAAGAACAGAGGAAUUGCCGGUGGUUUGGUAUAAACUUUGGAAAAGUGUUUCCCCACAAUGGAAAAACUCUGUGAUAUGCCAUAUAUAUUGUGUUACGCAAUUAACAUUUUACGACAAAACAUAUAUGAAAUUGUUCUGUUCAUUCAGCCUUCUUAUUGCCAAAUUUUCUAUAAAUAUCAGGGUUUGCUGUAACUGUAAAACAUUAUUAUCCUUUUAACAGUUUCACAAACUGCACAAAAACAACAGGAAAAUAAGAACAUUAGUCUGUUUGUAGUUGAAGAAAGAGGGAUUUUUGCUUGAUUUUGUUUCGAUACUUACCUUGUAAAUCAGAAUGGUCAUAUAAAAAUCAUCAUAAUUGUAACACGCCUUUAGAAAUAGAUUUGAAGCAAUUUUUAUCCUUAUGACAGACUCCGAAUUGUACUUUCCUGACAUGUCAAUAUCAGAAAAAUUGAAAUAUGUCAGUUUAGGCAGUGGCGGUGUUCAGACAAAAUCAUUUGAUGUGCUCACUUUCGUUUUAGUUUUGUAAAUUGUUACAUGAAUUGCAUCUUCUUCAGUUGAUUUUAUUUAAGGUUGUUUCAGUUUUUGUUUUGUUUUUUCUUUGUUUUAUUUAAAUACGUGUAAGUUUUAAAGAAAGUUUUAGCAGCAGUGCUGAGCGCCGCUCUUAACAAUUCUAUUGUCAGAUUCAAAUAUGGCAAAAAGGAAUGAUUCGGUUUUCAAAAAAAAGAUUCGCUUUGUACAAGAAAUGAAUUUAAACGGUCUGAAAUUUGAAAAUUGCGACUAUACGUAUGAAAUUUAUUUACAUUUUUGACAUUGGUGUAGCUUGUACAAUAUUCAUUUAUAAUAUUAUACAUGUUAUCGUUGAUCAAUCUAACGUACAAUAUAGUUUCUAUGACUUGCCAAUCCACCUAUACCGAGAUUGUACUUGGUCUGUGUAUUUUCAUCACUUUUUAACUUUUUGAAAUUUUUCUUUUGUAGAACUAUUGUUGUCAGCGCGUCAAAAAUGUUUAAACAUGCAAGUAGGUUUCUGAAACACUUCCAGGCCUCAUACGUUCAACAUAUAACUUUGGCAGUAUGAGAUGACGUUACGGCACAAGUGACAUAACUCUAGCAAUUAUUUUGUCAAAAGUAAACCCCUUUUGAACUUAGAAUUUCAGGUUACAAUUCUGCUUGUACCGGCUGUUUCUCAGAAGCUAUGGACAUACUUCAAUCCUCACACAUGACUUCAGCAUAGUAAGAUGACCUCAUGGGGCAAGUUACAUAACUCUGGUAUCUUGUCAAAAUUAUUCCCCUUUACAACAUAUACAUUUAGUGACAGUUUUUCAUGUGAACAUGUUUCUCAGGAAUUACUUGACUAAACAUUCUUUUCACUUCAUGACCUCAUAAAGUAAGUUGCGUAAAUGUAGUUUACAUUUUAGCAAAAUUAUGCCACUUUUUCAGCUUACAAAGUUUUGUUUUUAAGUUUUUAUAUGUAAGCUAGUGUUUGGUAGAAGGGAUUCGAAUAGUCGGCGUUUUACAGAUUUUGCUAUGUUACAUUAUGACCAUGUAAAAUUGUUUUCAAUGUUGCCGUCCAAUAAAGAUUCUAACACGACCAGCGAAUAACCAACAUACUUGUAGAGCAAAAUCUAUCUCGGGUUAUUCUGCAAUAAACAACUCGCGUGCAAUGACGUCAUCCGAUCCAGGUGCGUAGCACGGUCGUAAAAAGUAGUUACCAUUUUUUCUGACACUGUUGAUACUAGUAUGUCGUGUUAGAAUCGAAAUAACAAGUUCCCAAGUGUGAUUUAUCGUAGAAUAACCCUAGCUUUUCGUUCUUAUGCGAAACAAUAUAUCACUCAGGCCUACGGCCUUCGUGAUAUAUUCUUACGCAUAAGAACUUAAAACAUGGGUUAUUUUACGAUAAACCACACUUCGGAACUUAUUAUUUCUUAAAUAUAUUACAUCAUACAUGUUGUUAUAACUACUGUGCAGAGCACAGCUGAAUAAAAUGUUUGUAUUUUCUUA